AGCCACUAGUAUUUGAUAAAGUCCAACUGUGGCGACAGAACACUCUAUAUAAUGUCGCCAAGUUUAGUCUCCAAUCUAUCCAUCUCAGUUGCUAGACAUCCUUCGACCGCAAGACGAUAACAAGAGGUGAACGCAAUGGAAUUUGACCCGCAGAUCCCUAGCUACCUUACCUCGGAUCUCUCGAGCUUUGCUCACGUUUCUGUACGUGAGCGUUGGCCUGUUAUUCUGGAUGGUAUCAUCAAUGACCUUACGGAAAAGGUUAACGGCGUACUUGACGCGAUUGCAGAGGCCGAGGGAAAACGGGUUAUUGACGGAGUCGUUGCUUUGAAGGCAGAUAUUCUGUCGGAUGCGAAAUUGACGUUAAAACGUGAAUGGCCUAUGGGUGCAUUCAUUAGGCCAAGGAAUGACUUUAGAACGCUCCUCGAUGAUAGAUUCAACGACAUUGCCGGGUAUAGCAAGGAGUUAGCCAGAGAAAUACCACAUGGAUAGACGUCUUCUGGCUGCACAGUGAAUGCUACCUCUAUCGCCGGUUAAACACUCUAUUCACAUUCACAGAGUAUUGGAGAGACUGAUGACGUCGACAUUCAAGUCUUCAAGACCCGCGGUGCUCGAUAGUGACAAAAAAUAGAGAGCUUGUCAGUG